CCCCCUCUCCUCUCCGACCGUACUUCUCCCUCGUAGAUGCUGAACGUGAGCCGUAUCGUGUUCUUACGACGACGUGCACGCCCGCGCAUACCCGCGACGUCGUCUUCGUGGUGCCUGCCGCACGGCAGCUUGCGCCGCACCGCCGCCGUCAUGGCAACUAGAGGAUCAUCGGUUACCGCUCGGCAGUCGGACUAUUAACCCCGCGGCCCGUCGGAAUAUUACACGGUCAAAGGCAAUACAUCAAUGGCCCUAGAAUCAAAUGGCAACAACGUGGUGUGGUUGAACACAACCCGUCCUGAUCAAAUACAGCAGAGUCAACCAAUCGAGCAGCCAUUGAAGUGUUCCAUGUUUACUCAAACGGAGCAAACUAAUAGUUUUACCCAGACAGAACAGAGCAAUUCGAGUUACGGAGACCAGAGACAGCAGCAAACAGCAAUGUUUGACCCACAGCAGAUUCAGCAGCAACAAGCUGCUGCGCAGGGUCAGCAGUCGCAGCAGCAGCAGCAGACUCAGCAGAUGUAUGUCACAUCGGACAAGAAGGAGGACAAGUCUCAGCAGCAGCAACAGACUACUACUACCGAGUUUCCUCCCUCCUUCUAUUACAACGUCAACAUGUUGCAGAAGGUUCAGACAAAUGCGGUGAGCACAAUCAGUGCAAUCACCGAUGACAAGGGUUGUUACCGUUUCGAUGUUCAACCUGUUGGUUAUAAUACAUUGCUAAACCAGAUGAGUAUUGCCGCUGCGACCGCAAAUGCAACGUUCAAGUGUGAGAUUUGUGGCCUGGUCUUCGGUCAUAUGAGCUUGCUGCAGCAUCAUAAGCGAAUUCAUACCUCGACGCCCAGCAAUUUGCAGCAGCAGCCACAGCAGAUUGUGGUACAAACGCCGACAACAGUGACUGUCGCCACCACACCAGAAAGACCAUAUACUUGUGACGUUUGUGGAGCGUGUUUUGCAUUACCGGGAGAAUUAAAAAGUCACAAAACAAAUAUGCAUCAGAAACCAAAGGUGCAAAUUUGUGAAGAUUGUGGCAGUGAGGACCCAUGCGAACAUCAUCCAACUAAAGUUAAAAAGACUAUCAAACCUGGUCAUCAUCCUGUGAAACGAAGGGGUGUUACUAGUGUCACCAAAUGUCACAAGUGCAAUGGCACCGGGAUUAUUUUUAUAGGUAAACACGACGAAAAACUAGAUUCCGGAAUCAGUUCCCUCGCAAAGUGUGGCGGCUGCAAGGCUACAGGCCGCAUCGUCAUAGGAAGUGGCAAGCAAAACAGUCAAAAUCAAGCGGAAAAACCAUUUCAUUGUAACGUUUGUGAUGGUACAUUUUCUCGAUAUUCUUCACUCUGGUCUCAUAAAAGACUUCAUUCGGGAGACAAACCAUUCAAAUGUGAAGUCUGCGGCUUAGCCUUUGCUAAGGCUGCUUAUUUAAAGAAUCAUGGAAGAGUUCAUACCGGUGAAAAACCGUUCAAAUGCAACGUUUGCGGCAUGCAGUUUUCGCAAAGCCCGCACUUAAAGAAUCACGAACGAAUUCAUUCCGGCGAGCGACCCUAUCAAUGCGAGGUUUGCGAAAAGACGUUUGCCAGACAUUCAACGCUCUGGAAUCAUAGAAGAAUUCACACCGGUGAAAAGCCAUAUAGGUGUAAUAUCUGCGGUUCCGCCUUCAAUCAAGCUACGCAUCUCAAGAACCAUGCAAAAGUCCAUACCGGUGAAAAACCGCAUAGGUGCGAUAUAUGCGAGAUUGGCUUUUCCGAUCGUUUUGCGCUGAAGCGUCACCGUGCGAUCCACGAGAAAUACGGCCAGACGGCACGAAACCAAAAUGCGAAUAACGCAGCAAACGCACAACAGGCCAAUGCGAGUAAUCAGCAGCAGCAGUCGCAGCAGCAGCAACAGCCGCAGCAGGCGCAGCAAGGCCAGGUUGUGGUCGUGAAUGCGACUACUCCUGUUACUGUCAGCCAAGGGCAAGGCCAAGUUAUACUCGACGAGGUCUACAAGUGUCAGGUGGCCUUCCCAGAGCCUAAAUGAUUCAGCUAGAGAAUACCUUUCAGGAGUUGGUAAAGAGGUUAACUUUUUUAACCUUUUUUUUUUAAUAUUAAUCUCGAGAACGGCAAAAUCCAUGGAUAUAUGAUAUAAAAAAUAAUGGAUUUUACUCUGAAAGAGUAAAGUGAAUCCUGCACGAGUGACUGUGAACAGCGCAUCUCUUUUUUUGUGUAUGUGCGGCCACUCGAAUUUCGUGGAAGAAUAUUUGGUGACUCGAUAGAUUCGAUUUAGAUAUGGAUAAAGAUUCAAGG